AUGACCUUCGGGUCUCAGUCGCGGAAUGCGCAGAUGGCGUACAACAAUUCCUUCGUGCACUUUUCCUCCGUGGCGGAUGGCUCUCGGAGAAACGUGCCGCUGAACCGGGCCUCGGACCUGUGGGGUGCAGGUGCUGAGGCGCUUCUGGUGCGGAACUGGCUCAGCGUGCUGAGCGUUCGGAGCUUCUCCCCUUGGAUUAGGGAGCGGCUGCCGGAUGUGCCGGGCAAGAACACGCUCUCGGACGUGAUGGCUUCGCUGGGGUGUUGCACCAUCACUGCGCCGGUGCACCAGCUCUUCAACUUCCUGGUGACGACGCCCGAGGCAAAGUCUAUGAACUUCAGCGAGAGGGCCACUGUGGCCAGGAGGUUUCUGCGGGAGCAGUACUUUGUGGAGCUGCCGCGUGAGGAGAUGAUAACAGCAGAUUUGAGCAAGAGCUUGCCGGAGCAGAAGUACAGCUGGAGGAUAUCUCCUGUGGCACUUCGCGAUUUCGGGAUGCGAUCGGUAUACAUCACGACUGUGAUGUCGGUCUUCAUGGCCAUGGAGCGAGCCCUGUGUGCCUUAAUGCGAUAA